GUCUAUAAGAGCUUUUAAAGCAAUGGGUCUUUCCCUUUCUUUGCUUUUAUCACCAUGGAAGAAAAUCCUGAAACAUCAGGUUUUUGGUUAUGCCGACACCUUAGAAAAGGUUAUUGUAAGGUCCAUAAGCCUUGAAAGAGAUGAUGGAGAGGAGACCCUAAAAGCAGAGAGUUUCAAGAAGGAUGAUUCAAAGUCUCCAACUAACAAGUUUGAUUGUUUGAAUAAUGGUGGUGAUUCCAAUGAACCAAAGCUUGAAGCAUCCGAUUCAUUCAAACAAUUACCUUUUGAUCAAGGGAAUGCAAAUUCAGUUGUCUCAAAUGAUAAAGCGAAUAGAAUCAUUAUACCAAUAAGACCCACCAUAAAACUCCCUGAACCAGUGGUAUUUUUUUCUCCAAGGCCCGCUAGUGAGCUUGAUGCUGCUGCUACUAGGCUUCAAAAAGUUUACAAAAGUUAUAGGACAAGAAGGAACCUGGCAGAUUGUGCAAUAGUGGUUGAGGAGCUCUGGUGGAAGACCUUAGAUUCUGCAGCAUUGAGAAGGUCUUCUGUUUCGUUCUAUGACAUUGAGAAACAAGAAACUGCCAUAUCAAAGUGGGCACGGGCUAAAACAAGGGCUGCCAAGGUUGGGAAGGGUUUGUCUAAGGAUGAGAAAGCUCAAAAACUAGCCCUGCAACAUUGGCUUGAAGCUAUUGAUCCACGCCAUCGAUACGGACACAACUUACACUUCUACUAUGAUGUCUGGUCAGCAAGCAAGAGCACACAGCCUUUCUUCUACUGGUUGGAUAUUGGCGAUGGCAAAGAACUAAAUCUUAGGAAGUGCCAAAGAACAGAUCUACAACGGCAAUGCAUUAAAUAUCUUGGACCAAAAGAGAGGGAAGCAUUUGAGGUGAUUGUGGAAAGUGGAAAGCUUGUUUACAAGCAAUCUGGAAUGCUUGUUAACACCAUUGAGGGUUCUAAGUGGAUUUUUGUACUAAGCACAUCAAGAUCCUUAUAUGUUGGGCAGAAGAAGAAAGGUGUUUUUCAGCACUCAAGUUUCCUUUCCGGUGGGGCUACAACAGCUGCUGGAAGAUUGGUGGCUUCUCAAGGAGUUCUUGAGGCUAUUUGGCCUUACAGUGGUCACUACCUCCCAACCGAAGACAAUUUCAAGGAGUUCAUUAUUUUCCUUGAGGAACACAAUGUGGAUUUGACCAACGUCAAGAGAUGUGCUAUAGAUGAUGACUAUACCUCGUACAAAGUUGCUGGUGAUGAGUCCAAGCAUGGGGAGAUCAAAGAUCCAACGGCAACAGCAAAAUCAACGGAUUCAAAGGCUGUGGAUGUUGAUGGAUCCGCAAAUGAUGCAUGCAUCAGAAUUCUACAAAGUGGCACUAGCAGCAGUGCAGCCAAUGAGGAAGCACCAGCAUUCAACAUGGCCAAGCGUUUGUCUUGCAAGUGGACAAGUGGGGUUGGCCCUCGCAUUGGGUGUGUCAGAGACUACCCAACGGAACUUCAAUUCCAAGCUCUGGAAAAAGUUAACCUCUCUCCCAGAGUCACUCCUGGCCGCUUUGGGAACUCUGGUCCAAUACCUUCACCACGACCAAGCCCCAAAAUUCGAGUCUCACCCAGGCUUGCAUACAUGGGACUCCCUAGCCCAAGGGUGUCAGUUAUGGCUAAUAAUUAAAGCUUUUUGAGCAUUCACCAAAUGAUAAAUGACCAAGGUCGGACACUUCUUGUGCCCACAAUUUUGUAGCAAAAGUGUACAUAGCGGUAGUAAUAAAAAUGUAAAAUAGGUGAAGGGGUCUGAAUCUGACCAAACAUUCUCUGUUUUUUUUUUUUUUUUUUAUUAAGGUUUUUAGAUACUAGAACCCCUUUUGUCAUGCGAAGAAAGUUGUUGUUUUUGAAAUAAUGAAGAGUUCCUGGAAGAUGCAAGGGCUUUACUUUCCAAUCCCAACUGCUUUUCUUUGUCGUGUGGUUGUUGGUACUCACCAUAAAGCCAGAGCGUGGAAAGUGCAAUGGGUAUGAAAGGCGGUGCUGGGUCAAGCGCACGUGAGACAGACGACGGACAAAGGUGAACAUUCCUGGAACUAUGAGCUUUGACUAUUGACUGUGAGAGGGGUCAAAGUCAAUCCAUUUCCCUUAACUAUGAGUCCAACUUAAUUUAAUCCGUAUUUAUCUUAUAAGAUUUUUUUUAAAUCCAAUUUUGAGUUGGUCAGAUCGAGUUUUAGAUUUAGUG